CCAGGGAUCCCGAGCCUGCCCCAAUUACGACAAUGACAGCUCCUUCCUCUGCUUUCGAGGUCCUCAUGCAUGCAGUGACCAGUUGGGAUGUCCCUAAAGGCCCUGUCCCCUGUGAACUGCUGCUUAUUGGCGAAGCCGCCUUCCCAGUGAUGGUGAAUGGCAAGGGCCAGGUGCUCAUUGCUGCCUCUUCCUAUGGCCGUGGUCGCCUGGUGGUGGCGUCCCAUGAGAGCUACCUGCAGACCCCCAGCCUGGCUACUUUCCUUCUCAAUGCUGUGAACUGGCUUCGAUCCACACCCGAUUGUUCCAUUGGAAUACACCCAUCUUUAGCAGAACUAGCCAACAUCCUUCAGUUCGCUGGGGUCGAAGUACACAUAGAGCCAGAGCCAGGACCAGCCCUGGGUGUUUACUGCAUCAAUGCCUACAUUGACAGCAUGACCACCACAAAGCUGAUCCAGUUUGUGAAACAUGGAGGGGGUUUGCUCAUCGGGGGUCAGGCCUGGUACUGGGCCAGCCAGCACGGUGCAGAUAAGGUACUGUCUGAUUUUCCAGGGAACCAGGUGACAUGUGUAGCUGGAGUGUACUUUACAGACACCUAUGGGGACACAACCCGGUUCAAAGUCUCUAAAAAGGUCCCCAAGAUACCACUUCAUGUCAGGUGUGGGGAUGACACUCGGCAAGAUCAGCUGCAGCUUCUGGAAGGGAUCUCUGAACUGGACAUUGAAACAGGAGGGCUCCCCUCGAGGCUUCUUGUCCAUGGGGCGCUGGCCUUCCCUCUGGGCUUGGACCCCUCUCUGGGCUGUUUUCUGGCAGGGGCCCGAUAUGGCCGAGGGCGUGUGGUCCUGGCAGCCCACGAGAGUCUGCUGUCCACCCCCAAGAUGAGUCCCUUUUUGAUCAAUGCUGUGCGCUGGCUGGCCAAAGGCCAGGCUGGCAGAGUUGGCGUGGACACCAGUCUGGAAAAAUUGUGUUUCCUAUUAUCCAACUAUGGCCUGCAGUGCAGCGUGGAACACCAAAUGACCAGCGAUUUGCAAGUUUACUGCUGCACGGCUUAUAGCGACAGGGAUGCUGGAUCCCUGCGAGAGUUCGUGGCUGAGGGAGGAGGCUUGCUCAUCGGGGGCCAGUCCUGGUGGUGGGCCUCCCAGCACCCCAGGCGCUCUGCCAUGGCUGGUUUCCCUGGAAACCACAUCCUUAAUGGCUUGGGCUUGAGUAUCGGGGCUCAGACCAUCAAACCCGGCUGUUUCCCUGUGCCCACCCCCGAGAUGCUCAGCUACCACUUCCGCAAGGCCCUAGCUGCCUUCCAUGAGCAGCUGAAGCAGGGGAGUGGCUGCUUGGAGCAGACGUGGCUGGCCACAAUGGGCAGUGAUGGGGCAGCCUUCUUGCAGAUUCCCACGCACGGCAUUCCCACCUAUGUCUCUGUGCAUCGGCUGCUGAGGAAGAUGCUGCAUCUGGCAGGCCUCCCGGCUGUUAGUAAAAAGAACCCAGUGGCCAGGGGCUCCCUGGAGGCAGCCAUCCUCAGUCUGGCCACCCAGCUGGCACACUCAGGCACUGACUGCUCCCAGCUGGCUCAGGGCCUGGGCAGCUGCACCUGCGAUACCAGUCUGUACCCUGUGGAGCAGCCUGUCACCCUGGAAGUUGAAGCCUACAACCCAGGCCAGAAGGAGUUCUGGGUCAGCACUGGCCGGUACCUGCUGACCGGAAGGAAUGCAGAGGUUUCCCUGACAGAUGGUGCCACCUACGCUGGGCUGACGGUGCUGAUUGGCUGCCAUACUGAUGACUUGAGCAAUGCCAAGGAGCUGUCCCGACCCCCGGUGGUGACUCAUCAGUGCUGUGUGGAACAGGCCACUGAUUCGGUCUCCUGCCUCUGGGGGGGCCUGGUCUAUGUUGUUGUACCCAAGAGCACCCAGCUGGGUCCUGUGUCUCUCACCAUCACAAACUCUGUGCCUGCCCCCUACUACAGGCUGGGUAAGACAUCCUUGGCAGAGUGGAGGCGCAGUAUCCAGGAGAGCCCAGCCCCCUGGGGGGAACUAGCCACAGACAAUAUCAUCUUGACGGUGCCCACCGAGAACCUCCGGACCCUGGAGGACCCUGAGCCUGUCCUGCGUCUCUGGGACAAGAUGAUGGAGGCAAUUGCCAGGCUGGCUGCCCAGCCCUUCCCUUUCCACCGCCCUGAGAGGAUUGUUGCUGAUGUGCAGAUCUCAGCAGGCUGGAUGCACUCUGGGUAUCCCAUUAUGUGCCACCUGGAGUCUGUGCAGGAACUCAUCAGCUAUGCAGAUAUAAGACGCACAGGCUUGUGGGGACCUAUCCACGAGCUGGGUCACAAUCAGCAGCAGCAUGGAUGGGAAUUCCCCCCUCAUACCACAGAAGCAACUUGCAACCUCUGGUCAGUCUAUGUCCAUGAGACAGUCCUGGGAAUACCCCGGGAUCAGGCUCAUCCCGCUUUAAGCCCUUCAAAACGAGAAAAUAGGAUCAAAGAGCAUCUGGGCAAGGGAGCACCCUUGAAGGACUGGAACGUAUGGACAGCUCUGGAGACCUACCUGCAGCUCCAGGAGACCUUUGGAUGGGAUCCCUUCACCCAACUCUUUGCUGAGUACCAAACACUUUCUCACUUCCCCGAAAACAAUGCUGGCAGGAUGAAUCUGUGGGUGAAGAAAUUCUCUGAAAAAGUGCAGAAGAAUCUGGUCCCUUUCUUUGAAACGUGGGGCUGGCCCAUCCAGAAGGAAGUGGCCGAAAGCCUGGCCUGCCUGCCUCUGUGGCAGGACCACCCCAUGAGUGUGUAUGUACAUCCAUUUUGAGGAGUAAAGGCUGUGCGGAUGUAGUGGGGAGGGGAAUGGCUGGUUAGCAUUGUCACCUCUGUGGCCUUGAAAUUCUUUAAUUGGAAUCCUGCUUCCUAGCCUGUCAUCAGAAAGGCAGUUGAGGUUUCGAAGACAAAUGAAAUAAGCACUCUCAGGAAAACUGCCCAUGCUGGUUCUUUCUUCUUGCUCCUUCUCUCAGGUUUACAUAUGCUUUCCCCUCCUCAAUCUUUAACAGUGAUUUUGUUGUCUUGGUUUCUUGAAGUCCUGAAAACUCACCUUCUCUUUUUGAGCAAUUGCAUUGAAAACCAUGGGCUUCCCUGGGAAUCUGCUGGCACUUCCCAAACUUGUGCCAGCAUUUUUUCAUUUCUUCCCCUUUGAGAAGUUAUCUGAGAACAAGAGCUAUGCUGGUAGAAAGGUGAGCUCUGGAUCAAAUCUGGUUCUAUGGGGGAAAAAAAAUCACUUCUUGUAUCCACAUUAUUAUCACAUGGGGAUAACAGUCCAUGGUUUGAGAAUGGUGAGAAGGUCUGGGUACUGACAUGAUUUCACACAUGUGAGUUUUCUUUGUACUUUGACUAGUCCCAUGUGGCUUGUCUGUCCAAUUUAUGGGAACAACUUGAAAACUGAUUCACUCUGAGGUUAGUGUUUAGUCCUUGUGUAAGAACGUUCAAUAAAUUUCAAUAAUUGUACAAUAAA